AUGACGCGGCGCGCCCCCUCGCUCUCCCCUCGCCCAAUGGCCUCUGGGCCCUGGCUGCUGCUGCUGGUCUGUCUGCACGUGCAUCCGUCCCGCUGCCAGGAGGACGCGCCCUGCGCCUUCAACACCAUGUGCUCUUGCAAGAUGGCAGCCGCCAACACCAGCCACGUCAGCUGUCUGGGCGUGCCCCUCUUGACGUUCCCCGAGCUUCCGGGCGGGGAAGUGGCGCUUGUGGACAUAGUGGACUCCGGGCUGGAAGCUCUGGAGAGCGAAGCUCUUGGCGACGCCCGGAUCGAGUCCCUGCGACUCAUGAGUAACCGCUUGGAGUUCGUAGGAAACCGGGCUUUCAGCUCGUCAGUGUCUGUGUUGAAGUCGCUGGAUCUUAGCUACAACCAACUGAGCGAAGUCCCCUUCGAAUCCUUGCAACACCUCCAGGCCCUCGAUUGGCUGAGCCUUCACAGUAACCAAAUCGCAACUCUUCAAGGACAGGCGGAAAGCAGCUGGGGUCGUCUCAAGGACACACUCACGAAUGUCUACUUGGGAGACAAUGACUUGACGGAGCUGCCACGCUCCACCCAGCCUCAUGAGAACAUUGAAGCCCCGAGCAGAAGGGAUGGCAGUCUCACAAAAAAUAGACUCAGUUCAAUCCAUGAAAGAUCUUUUGAGGGCUUGGAACUCAGUUUGGAAUACAUCACCUUAGAGGACAAUGAACUUCAAGAGAUACCUACAGCUUUGGGACGACUAAAGCGUCUCAAAUACUUUUACAUUGCGUCCAAUAAUAUAAGUGAUAUUCAAAGUGAUGUCUUCCAAAAACUUGAAUAUUUAAACCUUGAAUCAAAUAGACUAGUAGAACUUCCACCCGACAUGUUUAGAACAUCCACUUUCGUAAAGCUACGAGACAUUCGGCUUUCUUAUAAUCUAUUAAGUGUUAUUGAAUCAAGGACGUUUUCAUCUUUGCCAAACUUGCAAACACUGGUUUUGACAGGCAACAGAAUUAAAACUAUCAAAUCAAGUGGAUUCCAUAAUGUGACCAGGCUCAGUACGAUAAUACUGUCUGAUAACCAGCUUGUGUCAAUAGAAGAUAAAGCUUUUUACGAUCUCCCUAAUUUAGGAAGGCUCGAUAUGCAGAACAAUAAACUAGAAUACUUCACGUUAAAUAUUUUCGAGCGAGUUGCUACUGAGUUAGUGCCGUUUAGAAUUAACGUUUCUAGAAAUAUGAUUACUUACCUUUACAGUACAAGAAAUUUUUCAAUGCUGAGUGUCACUGUAUUCGAUGUUACACAUAAUAAAGUGUUCGACAUACCAGAUGACUAUUUCUACAAGUUUAACAAAACAUUACGGCAGCUUUACAUGGGGCAUAAUAACAUUCGUCAGCUGCGAUCGGAAACAUUCGGCUCGUUGACCUCCGUGGAGUGUUUGACGCUGGAGCACAACCACAUAUCGAGCAUCCACAAGAGCACAUUCCACGCCCUCGCAUCUCUCCAGGUGCUGGACCUCUCCCACAACCACGUGAGGCAGCUGCAGGCGCGGCAGCUGGCAGGCCUCGGCAGGCUGCGCGUGGUGCGACUGUCGCACAACCAGCUGCGCGCCCUGCCGCGGGACGUGUUCGCGGGCUCGCCGCUGGAGCGCCUCGAUCUGUCGGGCAACAAGUUCGCGGCGCUGCCGGCAGGCGCGCUGGGCGCGGCGGGCCGGACCUUGCGCCAGCUGCGCAUGGCGGACAACGCCGUGGAGCGCGUGGACGGCACCGCGCUGUUCGACACACCGCGCCUGCUGGAACUCGACCUGGCGCGCAACGGGCUGGCCAGCCUGCCCGACAACCUGCUCGCCGGGGUGGCGGGCCUGCAGCGCCUCGACCUGAGCGGCAACCGCCUGCGCGCCAACUUCAGGGAGCUGUUCCACUUCGCGCAGCGGCUGCGACACCUGCGCGCGGCCGGCAUGGGGCUGGCCGCCAUGUUGCCACUGCCUCUGCCCGCGCUGCUCAGCCUCGACGUGUCGGACAACCUGAUCGCGGAGGUGUCGCCGGCCGCGGUGGGCCGCCUUGCCUCCCUCAGGACACUGAGCCUCAGGAACAACCGGCUGACGAGUGUGCCCGCGCACGCCUGGGUGCACACGCCUCUUCUCAAGUCGCUCGACAUCUCUGGAAAUCCUCUCAAGAGCAUGAUGGGCACUGCUAGGAGCAUGUUGCCGGUAGACGGUCUGAUGGGUACUGCUAGGAGCAUGUUGCCGGUAGACGGUCUGAUGGACACUGCUAGGAGCAUGUUGCCGGUAGACGGUUUGGUGGGCACUGCUAGGAGCAUGUUGCCGGUAGACAGUCUGAUGGGCACUGCUAGGAGCAUGUUGCCGGUAGACGGUCUGAUGGGCACUGCUAGGAGCAUGUUGCCGGUAGACGGUCUGAGCCUGACGAAGGACAGCUUCUCCGGGCUGUCACGACUGCAGCACCUGGACAUCCAGCGCCUGGCCACCCUGCAGAGGCUGGACGCCGGAACUCUGGCGGGGCUGCCGCGGCUGUGGUCGGUGCGGCUGGAGGCGCGCCCGGGGCUGGGCGCGGCGCAGGCGCUGGCCCGCGCGCCCUCGCUGGGCAGUGUCGCCGUGGAGGUGUCGGGCCGCGAGCUGGGCGACCAGCUGCAGGGCGCCUUCCACCGCCGCCUGUGCCGCCUGCACGUGACCGGCCCGGACCUGGCCGCCGUGCGCCCGGGGGCGCUGCGAGACCUGGGCGACCGGCACGAGCUGGAGCUGCGCUUCAGGGGCACUCGGCUGGACAGCCUGCCCGCGGGCCUGGUGGCGUCACUGCGCCGCGUCGGCCAGCUGACCCUCGACAUCGGCGGCAACCAGUUCUCGUCGCUCAGCCCGGCAAGUCUGUACGCCAACGGCACCGACUGGGAGAACAUCGGCACCAGGCUCGUCGCCGGCGGACUGGUGGUCAAGGACAACCCAUGGGUGUGCGACUGCGACCUGGUGUGGCUGGGUCAGUGGCUACGGCGCUGGCUGCGGGAGACUGCACAGGUGCACACCAUGGCCUUGGACGACGCCCACCUGGCUCAGCUGAGGGUGCGUGAGGCCAUCUGCAGGGAUAAAAUAUCCGGCAAGGCGACGGCAAUCGUGGACCUGUACCCAGAAGUGCUGAGAUGCCACGCGAGCGCGCUCAGUCAGGGAGGAGCCUCGUCCCACUGCUCCUGUGGCAGAGAUGUCCAGUGCUUCGUGUUUUUACUGCUGGUAGAGGUGUCGAGGAUGCGGUGCUGCUGAGGGUGUGUGAGGCCACUUUCAUUGACAAACCAACCGACCAAGCGACGGCCCUCAUGAACAUGUACUCAGACGUACUGAGAUGACAUGCAAGCACACUGUCUGCCCACUGCUCCUUUAUUGCUGGUAGAGGUGUCGAGGAGUUGAUGCUUCUGAGAGUGUGUGAGAGUAAAACCUUCAGGAACAAAACAACCAGCCAGGUGACGACCCUUGUGGACCUGUUCCCUGAUGUGUUGAGAUGUCACGCGAGUGCACUUAGUCAGGGAGGAGCAUCUUCCGACUCAGGUGCAUAUGGUAAUAGCGAUGGCUGAUGGUCGGUCUUGGGACGGCCUCAUGUGGGCCUUAAUUGGCUGUAACACAAUUUGUGGAGGAGAUUCUGAGGUGAGUAACCGAGGAUAUCCUUGGCUCGGUGCAGGACCAUCGUAGUGCGGCGUAUGACCUGGAAAACGCCUACCCUGGAAAUUUGAUAAGUGCCUCGAGUCUAUUCCAAGAUGUGACAGAUCUCAGCAGAGGAUUCCUUUGAUAGCCCUGAAUCAGAUUGGUGGAAAUCUCGAGGUUGGGAGUGGUAGCUCCUAUGCUUGGUGCACAAUUAUCAGGAGUCCCCGCUCAUAUGAAAAGUGGCCAUAGUGAGAGAGUGUUAUGCUCGGGUAGGUACUAGCCCACACAGUUUGUAAAGAGUGGGUAGAUCUCGGCCGGAUAUCGGGUUCUCUGAGUGAUUGAGAAGUCCCAGGUGAGAGAGUGAUAAGUUUGGUUCUGUAUUAUUCAGUGCAUUCGAUAUCAUUGGAUGGACCAAAGCAGGUUGGCGGCGUUUUGGUGGCAUUGCAGCUCGGAUGGGUUCCCUUAGUCUCUCGGCGUAGCUGGACAUUUAACCAACACUCAUGCCAAAAGGAAACAGCGUUUAUAUUUCCUUAUGACUCUAGGGAGUCCGUGUCAUCUGCAGGUAAACCCCGGACUGGCACGUUAAAGGGGUGUCCAUUACCCUGUGCUGUUACUGCUGGUAUAGGUGUUGUGGUGGUGGUGCUGUAACACAUGAGACCACCUACAGAGACCAAACAAAUGGCUACAUGACGGCCCUUGCAGUCCUGUACCCAUAAGUGCUGAGAUGCCAUGAUAGUGCAUUGUCAGGAAGGGGCAUCAUCCCAUCUGUGGCAAGAGUGCUUUAUGCUGUUACUGCUGGUAUAGGUGUCGAGGUGGUGCUGCUGAGGGCAUGUGAGGCCACCUGAAGGAACCAAACAACAGGCCAACCAAUGUACCUACCUUUUGGAUCUUGUUUCCUAAUGUAAUGAGAUGACACGCAAUUACACUCAGUCAGGGGCGGUCUUGGUCACACAGCACCUGUGACAUGGUUCUCCAGUAUAUUGUGCUCUUACUGCUGGUAGAGAUGUCGUGAAGGUGGUGCUGUUGAGGGAAAUGAGGCCCACCUACAGGGACCAAACAAGUGGUCAGGUGACAGCCCUUGGAGACAUGUACCCAGAUGUGCUGAGAAUCCAUGUGAGAGUAUUUAGUCAGGGAGGAGACAUCACACUGCCUUUGUGACAGGGGUAUCCAGUGCUUUGUGCUGUUACUGCUGGUAAGGGUGUUGAGGGGGUGGUGCUGCUGAGUGUGCAGGCGCAAAACAACCUACCAGGUGGCGGCCCUCGUGAACCUGUACCCUGACGAGCUGAGAUGACAUGCGAGCAUGCUCAG